AUGUCUGAAGUUGAUGAACUGGUUGUUUCAUUCAUUGCAAAUGUUAAUGUUAAUGAUGAAAAAUCUAAUGAAAUUGCAGUUAAAUUAACAGAUUUAAUUCAAAAUAAAAAAAUUAAAUUAUUACAAAUUAUUUUAACAUUAAAGGAAAGAUUUAUAUCAGAUGAUGAAAAGGAAAGAAUUAAAGCAUUAAAAUGUUUAUCAUCAAUUUUAUGUAAUGUUGAACCACAAUUAUUAUUAAAAAAUGAUAUUACUGUAUUAAUUAAUUUUUAUAUGUCAAAAAUUACAGAUUUACCAUUAAUGAAAGAAGUAUUAAUGGGUUUAGAUGCCCUGAUGACAAUGAAAUAUAUUACAAUUGAUCAAACUGUAACAGUUUUAUCAUUUUUAGAAAAAAAUUAUAUUUCAAAAGAUUUUUUAGCCGCCGUUAGAAAUUAUCCAUUUUCAAUCUUAAAAAAUAUUUAUGAAAGAUGGAAAAUGAUUUUAAAUGAAGAUGAUGAAAAUAACAAAAAUUAUAAAAAUUUCAUUAUUUUAUUUAUUAAGACUUAUAUUGUUAUUGCAUCAGGUGAAAAGGAUCCAAGAAAUUUAUUGAUUUCAUUUCAAUUGAAUAAAAUUAUUACAAUUAAUUUUAAAUUAGAAUCAAUUCAAUUUUCUCAAGCUUUAUUUGACAUUUUAUUUUCUUAUUUCCCAAUUACUUUUAAACCACCAAAGGAUGAUCCAUAUAAAAUUUCAAAUUUGGAUUUAAAACUUGCAUUAAGAUCUGCAAUUUCUGCGUCUGAUAUCUUUGCUGAAGAUGCUUUUAGUAAUUUAAUUGAUAAAUUAGGUGCUACUUCUCCCGCUAUUAAAAAUGAUACUUUAUUAACUUUAUUGGAAUGUAUUAAUAAGUUUGGUGGUAAAGCAUGUAUUGAAUUUUGGUUACAAAUGUGGAAUGCAUUAAAAUUCGAAAUUAUACAUAGUGGAGAUGGUUCAGAGGCUACUUAUUUAGAUCCAAUUGCACAAAAUGAUAAUAGUAAUAAUAGUAGUGCACCAGUGUCAAAUAUUCAAAGUAAUUAUCAAUUAUCAUUAGAUGUAUUGAGAGCUUUAGCAGAUCAAUUGGUUUUAUUAGAUGAAACCGCAUUUAAUAAAUAUGUUAAUCAUAUCUUAGAAGAAUUGAAGCCAAAUUUUGAAUUUACUAAAGAUUUAAGACAAAGUUGUAGUAUUAUGGCAGCUAUUGGUAGCGCUAAUUUAAUCGCAUUUAAUAAAGUUAUUGAUUUAACGUUACCUUUAUUUUUAGAAAAUACAACAGAAAUUUCAAAAUUAAAAUUAAUGUUAUUAAAUUUAUCGUUUUUUUUAGACUCUUAUAUUAAAAUUACAAAACAUUUAAGUGAUAAUGAAAUAAAAUUAAAUGAAUUUAUUAAAUUAAAUCAUUUAAAUGAUUCAAAGGAUGAAAUUUUAAUGAUCCUUGGGAUGGCUUUAACAGGUAAUUCAAAAAUUGAAGUCACCGUAAGAACAUUAUCAGUUAUUCAAUUUACAAAAAUGGUUAAGAUGGAAGGUUAUUUAACUAAAGAAGAAAUUUCAUUGAUUAUUCAAUAUAUUACAGAGACUAUCCUAACAGAUAACAAUAAAAAUAUUUAUUGUGCAUGUCUGGAAGGUUUAAAAGUAAUUAGUCAAACACAUGAAAGUUUAGUCUAUGAUGUCUCCUUAAAGGAGUUAUUGAAUUUAUUACCAAAUAAAUUUAAUGAUUUUAUUCUAUACCAUAAAGAAGAUGAAAUUAUUCAAAUUGAAGUGAUUCUUAAAGUGAUUCUAGAUUUUACUACUUCAAGACAUAUCCUUAUCAAAGAAAGUAUCGUAACUUUAACUCAAAAAUUAGUUGAAAUUUAUGCAACUGGUGAUAAUGAAGCCGUUGAUUACUGUUUUUUGCUAUUAUCUACUAUUUAUUCUUUAUUUGAAAAUAAUUAUCCCAUGCUUGAUGAUAUUACUAUCGGAGAUAUUAAGAGUCAAACUGAAUCAUCGAUAUUUACUAUUCUAAAUGAUAAGAAAAAAGAAAAUUCUAUAUUACUGGAUGGUCAAAAUUUAUCAUUGUUGUCUAAUGUUUUAUAUUUCCUUAAUGUGAAAUAUAAAAGAGAAAACCAUGAACUCGAAUUAACUAAGUAUACAAAAAUAUUCGUUGAUGAUCAUAAGAUAUUGGAAGCACCAAAUGUUUUGGUUGUACCAUAUGUUAAGAUAUUAUCAGCAAUUGAUAAAGUAUGUGACUUUCCAAGAGCAUCCGAUAUUAUGGAAAAAAUUGCAUCUUUAAUUCAUAACAGUCAAACGAACGGUAUGUCUAAUUUACAAAAGAUUGGUUAUAUGGAGUUAGUAACAGUAAUGACAAAUAAAUGGUUUAAUGAUGAACAAGAGACUAUGAUUAUUGAAAAAUAUGUUAAUUGGGAAGACCAAUCUACUAUGAAUUUGGAGAUGAUUGCAUGGAUUGGGAAAGGCCUAAUUAUGAAAAAUUCAUCACAUUCAAAUAUAAUAUUGUCUCAUUUCUUAAGUUUAUUAAAGGAUGAAAAGAUUGGUUUAGUUGUAUCUAAAUUAUUUGAAUUGUUCGUUAUGGAUAUUAGUUCCUUGACAAAACAUAAGGGUAUAACUUGGACUAAUAAUGUUAAAUUACUAUACAAGCAAAAAUUCUUCAAUGAUGUAUUUCAAAGUCUUGUUACUUCCUAUAAUGAACCUGGUUUAUCAUUGGAUAUUAAAUGUAACUAUUUAACUGCAUUAUCUUUGAUCUUAAAACAUACUCCAAACAAAUUAGUGGAGCAAUUCAUGAAUGAUUUACUCCCAAUGUUAUUACAAGCUUUAGAAAUGCCUAAUUCAGAAGUUAGAAUUUCAGCCUUAGAUACUUUAAAGGAUACAACUGAAAAAUUUGGAUUACUAAUAACAGAAAAUAUUGAUACUCUGUUACCAAUUUUAUUAAAAUUAGUAAUACCAGGUUCUAAAUAUAAUAAUGUCUCAGUAAGGUUGAUGUCAUUACAAUUGAUAGGUUUAUUGGCGAAUAGUGUUCCAUUAAACUAUUUGAAACCAUAUAAGGAACAAGUCAUUAAUGGAUUAUUGUUAACUUUAUCAGAUAAAAAGAGAAUUGUUCGUAAGCAAUGUAUUGAUACAAGACAACUAUAUUUUGAAUUAGGUCAAGUUCCAUUUGAGUAA